GAGUGAUGAUACCUGUCUACUUUUUCCAUGUGAGGUGAUUUCUAAUUGUGUAUUAUAGAGAUAGAGAUAGCAAUAGGGAAGGAGAUGUGUGAUAGAUAUUGCAUGACAGAUAGAAAUAGUGAUAAAAAGGACCCACUCAUAUUGUGAACUCAAAGCAUUCAGCAACUUUUACGUAGAAUAUAUAUAGAUAUAUGUAGUUCAAUUUUCAUAGGUAUGAGAUAACUUUGACAUUCACUCAGUUUUAAAACAGCAGCAAGAUGGCUUCUUUGGACAAAAACAUGCUGCUAAAUUAUGUUCCAGUUUAUGUCAUGCUUCCACUCGGAGUUGUUAGUGUUAAUAACGUCUUUGAAGACCCAGAAGGACUUAAAGAACAACUUGUGCAGCUACGAGAAGCAGGUGUCGAUGGUGUUAUGGUUGAUGUCUGGUGGGGGAUCAUUGAACAGAAAGGACCUAAACAGUAUGACUGGAGUGCUUAUAAGAGCUUGUUUCAACUCGUUCAAGAAUGUGGUUUGAAACUGCAAGCUAUCAUGUCAUUUCAUCAAUGUGGAGGGAAUGUAGGGGAUGUUGUUAACAUCCCUAUUCCACAGUGGGUACUUGAUAUUGGAGAAUCAGAUCCUGAUAUCUUCUACACCAACCGCUCCGGUACUAGGGACAAGGAGUAUCUUACUAUUGGUGUAGACAAUAAGCCUAUCUUUCAUGGAAGAACAGCCAUUGAAGUAUACAGUGAUUACAUGAAGAGUUUCAGAGAAAACAUGUCAGAUUUUUUAAAAUCAGAGGUUAUUAUAGACAUUGAAGUUGGGCUUGGCCCAGCAGGAGAACUCAGAUACCCAUCUUAUCCACAAAAUCAAGGAUGGGUGUUUCCUGGAAUUGGAGAGUUUCAGUGCUAUGACAAAUAUUUAAAGGCAGAGUUCAAAGCGGCUGCAGCAAGGGCUGGCCAUUCUGAAUGGGAACUACCAGACGAUGCUGGCACGUACAAUGAUGUACCAGAAUCUACUGAAUUCUUCAAAACAAAUGGCACAUACCUUACUGAGAAAGGGAAGUUCUUCUUAACUUGGUAUUCUAACCAAUUGCUGAAUCAUGGGGAUGAAAUCCUAGAUGAAGCCAACAAAGCUUUCCUGGGCUGUAAAGUCAAUUUAGCAAUCAAAGUCUCUGGAAUCCACUGGUGGUACAAAGCUCAGAAUCAUGCUGCUGAACUCACUGCUGGAUAUUACAACCUUGACGAUAGAGAUGGAUACCGUCCCAUUGCAAAAAUGGUGUCUCGUCAUCAUGCCAGUUUGAACUUUACAUGUCUUGAGAUGAGGGACUCGGAACAAAGCUCUGAUGCACAAAGCGGACCACAGGAACUGUAUGCACAGGUAUUGAGUGGAGGUUGGAGAGAAAACAUUGAAGUUGCUGGAGAAAAUGCACUUUCAAGGUAUGAUGCCACAGCUUAUAACCAAAUCAUACUGAAUGCAAGACCACAAGGUGUCAACAAAGAUGGCCCUCCAAAACAUCGGAUGUAUGGAGUAACAUACCUUCGUCUAUCUGAUGAACUAUUGCAACAAUCAAAUUUUGAUAUAUUCAAAAAAUUUGUGGUAAAGAUGCACGCUGAUCAGGAUUACUGUGAAGAUCCUCAAGAGUACAAUCAUGGCAUACCACCAUUGAAGCGAUCAGAACCAAAGAUUCCUGUUGAUGUUCUUAACGAAGCAACUAAGCCAAUACCGCCGUUCCCCUGGGAUUCAGAAACAGACAUGAAAGUUGAUGGUUGACUUCCCAAUUCGACGGGAAGAAUGGCUAAAGAAUCAGCUGGAAAUAAUAUCUACCGCUCAGGAUGAAUAAAGCACAUACAUGUGCAAUGCAAAUAAUGUUCCAACAAUAAAGCAAUGUCUUGACUAUAGACAUCUCUACUUGUGUUGUGUGUACUUUUAUGUGUUUGCCUGUCUGAGUUUAAUAAACUAUGUUAUUGAUAAUAAAGAGAUGAAAAUAGCAUAUUGCAUAUUUUCAAAAUCAUCUUACAAAAUCA